AUGCCCGCCGCCGCCAGCGCCACCGGGCUCUCGUCCCCGGGCGCUGCCCCGUUCCGCCUCCCCGCCUCCGGCUGCGCCCACCAGGGCCACCUCCGCCUCCCUCCUCCUGCUGCUGCCGCCGCCUGCCGCCGCCGCUUGCUUCUCCGCUGCGCCGCCUCGUCUGGCGGUGGCGAUGGCGCCGGAGGCAGCGGCGGCUCCGACCCGGCCCUCGAGGAGCAGCGGCGCCGCCAGGCCGAGCUCGCCGCGCGCAUUGCGUCCGGCGAGUUCACCGUGCAAGGCCCCGGGUGGAUUGCGCCUCUCGUGGGGAAGCUCUCCAAGCUGGGCCCGCCGGGGGAGCUCGCCGCUGCGCUCCUCACAAGGGUGGCGGGCGCUGGCGCGGCGCGCGGCGGCCCGGAGAUCCCGCAGGCAGUGGGGUCGAUCAACGCCGUCGUGGGGCAGGCCUUCUUCGUGCCCCUGUACGACCUCUUCCUCACCUACGGCGGCAUCUUUCGCCUCAACUUUGGCCCUAAGUCGUUUCUUAUUGUCUCCGAUCCGGCUAUCGCUAAGCACAUCCUGAGGGAGAACUCCAAAGCUUAUUCCAAGGGAAUUCUUGCAGAGAUACUGGAGUUCGUGAUGGGUACGGGUUUAAUCCCUGCUGACGGGGAGAUUUGGCGUGUUCGGAGGCGUGCUAUUGUUCCCGCAUUGCAUCAGAAGUAUGUGACUGCAAUGAUUGGUCUCUUUGGAGAAGCUUCAGAUCGGUUCUGUGAGAAAUUGGACAAGGCAGCAGUGGAUGGGGAGGACGUGGAGAUGGAGUCGUUGUUCUCUCGAUUCACGCUGGAUGUCAUCGGGAAGGCAGUGUUCAAUUAUGACUUUGACUCGUUAUCUUACGAUAACGGGAUAGUCGAGGCAGUGUAUGUAACACUAAGGGAAGCAGAGAUGCGUAGCACUUCUCCUAUACCAACCUGGGAAAUACCCAUAUGGAAGGACAUUUCCCCACGGCAGAAGAAGGUCAACGAAGCUCUCAAGUUGAUAAAUAGUACUCUCGAUGAACUAAUUGCCAUAUGCAAGAGACUGGUAGAGCAAGAAGAUCUUCAGUUUCAUGAGGAAUACAUGAACGAGCAAGAUCCUAGUAUUCUUCACUUCCUUUUGGCAUCUGGAGAUGAUGUAUCCAGCAAGCAACUCCGUGAUGAUUUGAUGACCAUGCUCAUAGCCGGUCAUGAGACUUCUGCGGCAGUCUUGACAUGGACGUUUUAUCUUCUAUCUAAGUAUCCAAAAGUAAUGGCCAAGUUGCAAGAUGAGGUUGAUAGUGUUCUAGGUGAUGGUUUGCCUACAAUUGAGGAUGUGAAGAAACUAAAGUACACGACUCGGGUUAUUAAUGAAUCAUUGAGACUAUAUCCACAGCCACCGGUUUUAAUUCGUAGGUCACUUGAGGAUGAUAUGCUCGGAGGGUACCCAAUUGGCCGAGGAGAAGAUAUUUUUAUUUCUGUCUGGAAUCUUCACCACUGCCCAAAGCACUGGGAUGAUGCAGAAGUUUUCAACCCAGAAAGAUGGCCUUUGGAUGGACCAAAUCCGAAUGAGAUAAACCAAAAUUUCAGUUACUUACCAUUUGGUGGCGGACCAAGGAAAUGUGUAGGUGACAUGUUUGCCACUUUUGAGACGGUGGUGGCAACAGCAAUGCUUGUCAAGCGAUUUGACUUUCAGAUGGCUCCAGGAGCACCCCCGGUUGACAUGACAACUGGAGCAACGAUUCACACGACUGAGGGAUUAAAAAUGACUGUUACUCGAAGGACAAGGGCACCAGUAAUUCCAAACCUGGAGAUGAAAAUUAUUUCUGAUUCACAAGAACCCACACUCUCUACCCCAUCGAUGGUUGUUAGUGCUGCUUCUGUUGCUUCAGGAGAAGAUCAAGGGGGCGUCUCCUGA